CACCACCACCACAGCCGCCACAGACCCAGCAUAACCGACCUCCCAUCUCUCCCUCUCUCUCCUUCCCUCCGCAGUUGUUUCUCCACACUCCUCCAGUACACACCAGCCGCCCUUCCUUCUCCUCCACCUCUCCACUUCUUACUCUCCUCCUCCAUGAAGUACGUGAUGAACGAGGAGGAGUUCCUGCUGAAGUGGAACAACCACCAGACUAACUUUGUAGAUGUCUUCAACGAGCUGCUUCAGGAUGAGUCGUUUGUGGACGUGACACUGGUGUGUGGGGGGGAGGCUGUCCCAGGCCACAAGAUGGUGCUGGCCGCCUGCUCCCCCCUACUGCACCGCAUCCUCCGGGACAACCCCUGCCGGCACCCCCUGGUCAUUCUCGGGGAUGUGCCAGCCGUGGACAUGCGUGCCAUCAUGCAUUUCAUCUACCAGGGUGAAGUGAGUGUGUCCCAAUCCGAGCUGGCAAGUUUUCUGAAGACAGCUGACAACCUCCAGAUCAAGGGGCUUGCAGAGAACAGGGAGAGCAGUGGAAAGGAAGACAGAAAGAGAAAAGACAAGGACAUGGACAGACUAGAUGGUCGGCCAAAUAAUAAAAGGCAACGCACCACAGAAGGGCGAGUGGAUAACGUCAACCUCAAUGCUGCUGCCUCUGGAGUCGCUGUGCCCGCCACUUCCCCCGUCUCAUCUCGCUCACAUAAGUCACUCAGCGAUUCUCAUUCUUCUAGUCACAAGGGUCGGGGGGUUGGGAACAGAGUCUCUGGGGACGAGCAGCACCUUCAGCACAGCCUCAAGAGCAGCAACAUUGGCAGAGGUAGUGCAGCAAACACCACCACCACCACCACCAACCAUCACCACAACCACCACCCUGCCUCCAAGCACCACCACACCCCUUCAUCCAAACACUCAAGUUCAAAGGCAUCACACGCCCAAGACAUUCCCUCAAAGGUCUCCUCCUCCUCCUCCUCCAAGCACCGGCAUGAGGAAGGGGUCAGCACCGGCCACCACCACCACCACAACUCCGAGAGCAGUGUUGGUGAUGACAGGGUGCCGGCCAAGGAGGAGACGGGGGAUGAACUUACUGUAAAGACAGAGCCCCUUGACUACCCUGGAGAAGUGGCCUGGAAUGAGGGUGCUGGAGGCCUGGGGCGGGAGGCACCAGGCGUGGAGGACCCCCAGGGCCUGCUGCCCAUUGGUGCCGCCAUAGUCGGGGGUCUGGAGGGCGUGGCUGCUGCUAUUGUGGCCUCACCCAACCUCCCCAUCAUUGAGUUUGAGGCGGAAAAUCUUUCAGGUGAAGACAGCCGUAACGAUGAUGGUAGUCGUGGGGACCUGUCCACUGCCUCGGAUGAUGUGAAUGCCAACAAUGCCACGGAGCUGGAGGAGGGAGAAGAGGAGAACGCCACCUCGGGAUCGCCGGGCAAGUUCCGAGGUGGGCGUAAGGCUUGCUGCUUCUGUGGCAAGACCUUCUGUGACAACUACACGCUGCGGCGCCACAUGGUGACCCAUUUGUCGAGGGAGCGCCAGUUUGAGUGCCCCAUGUGCAAUGCCGCGUACUCCCGCAAGGACCACCUCAUGGCCCACAUACGCAGGAAACACCCCAUAGCUGAUGAUGUUGACAAGAUAGACAUCAGCACCGGGCAGGCAGGGUAGGUGCACACUCCAGGGGAUUGGGAUUUUCUCAAGGGUGUGUGAGUGAUGGUCUUGGUUGUCCAAACUCAGUUUAUUCCUGAGCACACUCCCUUCACCAUUCCAAGCUGUUCAGGAGUUAUCACUGUAGUUGUUCACAGUGGUAUUUAGUCAUUAUUCUGUUGAGAUGCUCACAUAUGAAAUGUAUAUUUGGGAUUUGUUGAGCUUUUUAAUUGUGAUGAUUCCAACUUUUGUUGUAAAAUUAUUCUUUAGGGUCGUCAUGAUGCAGUCGGAUUUGUUAAGUUAUCAUUUCCCUUUCUUUCAUUUGGUGAGGUAACACAUCAAAACAUGUAAUAUAGAUAUUAAUGUACAUGAUGAAUUAAGGAAUGGUGUAUUAUGGCACCAUGUUGCCUGAGUGUUCAGUGUUGACAGUGCUGGACUUUUUUCAUCCUAAGGAUGACUCGUAGUGAUCAGCACAUAAGCUCCUACACAGGCUUAGUGUAGCUGCUGCUGUGUUUGUCUUGUGUGAGACUGAUGGCGUGUGGGGAAGGCAGGGAAGACAGGGUGAAUAGUUGUGCACACACACUCAUCUGGCCCUCCUCAUUAUAGGGACCCAGCUGAGAUUUUUUAGAUUCAAUUUUAAAUAAAGGAUACUUAUAUAUUCUACAUAGAGCUUUUAUGCAUAUUUGCUGAGGACAGUUUUCCUACACAGUUUGUUGGAUUUGUCCUCUGCUCAGUGAAUAGUCUGAUUCAUACUUAGGCAGGUCCACCUUGUGUCUUCCUCAUCCUGCCAUCAGACACACAAUGAAGCUAAAACUUACCUGACCAACUUGAGCCUAUUCUGACCUUUCGAGUCUGUAUUUAGUAUAUAAAACUGAGGGAGUAGCAAGGUGUUAGUUGUGGGCUUUAGCCUGCCAGGUUUGUGGCUGUUAGGUUAGUAGUCUAUAAUAUCUAGAACAUGCAGUCUGUGAGAAGUGAGGCAUCCUUGCCUUACAAGAUGUGUUGUUGGUAUGGUCUGUAGCUCACUCAGCAUGUGCUGUGAGUGGGCAGCAUUCUCCCAGUCAUGUCUUGGUGUGUGUCUCUGUGCCUUCUAACUUUGAACAAGCGCGAUCCAAUGUGCCAGUUUAUGCACAGCUUGGCUAUACCUGAGCUCCUUCAACACUGCUGACACAAUCCUCUUUGCCUUGCCAAGUUCACCUCUUAGGGUUGGAAUGCAGCAACAUAUUUAUAUUUUUACCUUAAAAAUUUCUGUGAAUCAAGGCCCCUUUUUGGUACCUUUUGGCUGUAGUGUUUUAUAAAGGUGUUUUACCAUUAGUGGUCAGUAUCUGUAAGAAAGAUUUGGCCAUGAUACUUGAUCAAGUUUGUUAUAAAGAUAAGGGAAAGGUAGCAUGCGAGCUUGUGUUAUGUGAUUGUAGGAAGUGAACCUUGAUUGUUCUGUUGAUGCCAUAGUACAUUGCUUAGGUUUAAGGCUGGCAUGAGUACCUUGUGAGGCUUGCACAGGUAACAGGCUAUUUGUUGUUUUGUGGCUACUGGCAGGAAUCAAGCCAAUCCCAAACAUGCCAAAUAUCAAAAGACUAGAAAAUGUGAUGAUUCUGCAGGUUGUCAAUACACUUCAUACGCUCCACCAUGUGUAUAGGUCUUCAGGAUGAGUUUGUGCAUAGGCUUCACUACACUGGACAAGCUCAUUGGUUACUUGAUUGGUGGAAAAAUGACUUGCCUCUGCACCUCACCACAGCAGUAGCACUAUCAUUAACAUUUGUAAGAAGUUCAUCACUGCUAUCAGAGGUCAUGUUUCCUAGUAUAACUUUCUGUAAUCCAUUAGAUUGAUGCAGAAGUUUUGUGCAUCGUCUCUCAUAGCCAUUUUUGGUUUUAAGCAGGUUAUACACAAUGAUUUGCAUCUUGAAUUGGCAUGAAACAAGUCUCACUUGGAUUCUUUAUCACACUUCAUAGGGACUUAUUAUGGGAUUCAUUCUUACUUUUAAUCACAUACAGAUCAGUUUUUUCCCUGUAUAUGAGGAUUCUCGUAUUAUUAUGUAUGACAGGCAGAGGUGGAUAGAAGACUCUUCCAACCUCCCAGCAGCCUUUGGAUCAAAUUUAAUUAGCAGCCAACAGUACAUUUCUUGGGAAGGGAGAUGGAAUAUAGUUACAAUGUUUAUAUUUACCUAUUCCAUGUAGUUAGUCAUUCAAGCUUCAAGUCUAAGGGCACUAUGCACCAUACAGCAGUUAUUGCGUCUACCUACUCAGAUCAGUGGUUGUUCUCACUCUAGAUUGAGCCUUGUCUUGGCCUUGAGAAAACUUUUGUGGUUGUGCAUCAAACAUAUUCUCAUAUUUAAAAAGAAAGGAAAGAUUAUCUCUUGGAAUAAGCCACACAUUCACAUACCUUGCUGUCCAGACCUUAGUAUUAAAUGAUAUCUCAGAGUCCCUUAAGUUGGAGUGAACUUCAAAACAAAAAGAGGACACAAUUUUUUACUUGCUCUGCUAAUCAUUCAAAUUUCAAAUGAAACUUUAGGAGCAGUAUUGCUUCUGCGUGAGCUAGUACCCAUUCAGAUUUCAAGACCACACCCAGAAAUAGCUUAGUUGAUGGACACAGGAAUUAUCAAUUGUAGUUAUUCGCUGUGUUAUUUAUUACUCCUUUUCCUUUUGUUUAAUGUUGACCAACCCACCUCUUUUCUUUAAUCUUGUUGAAUUAUUUUGAUUGUUUAGUGGUCCUUCCUCCUAUAAAAUGUAGCUGUUGCUGCUGGUCUGCUGGUUUGGUGGUGUGGUGAUGGUGGUGGUGGUGGUUGGGGCAAAGCUGGGUGUGGAUCUUGGUGCUGUCUGGUCAUACUGUUCUCCUCAGCUCAAACCUAUUUUUCCUAGCUCAUUCAUACUUGUAAUAAGGUUAAAACUGUAGGUACAUGUACAGAGGUAGUGGAACAUUCAUCAAAAAGGAUCCAAAGAUUUUUUUGUUAUUUUUUUCUCCAACUUGGGAGUAACUUGUUUUUUUGUGUGUAACUUUUUAUGUUGGCAGUAUUGACAUGCCAAUUCUUUGUUUUAUCAGUAUUGAUAUUGCAGUAAUAUAAAAGCAAGGUUUGCAUAAAAGGAAAGGAAUGGACAAAAGUCUUCAUAGCUCAUUUCAGCCUUGGUUUAUUUAGUGCGUGGUGUCGGUUCAGAAUUUGUGUUCGGUAUUUAUAAUCGUGGUUUCACUACUGUAUCACUUACAAGUGGUGGUGCAGUAAGUAGAGUACUUCAUAUAGAUAUUUUAUAAUGUAUUACACACACACACAAACUCACUUCUCUAAUUAUAAAUGUAGUUCUCAUAUGUAGCAAGUAUUUUGUUAACAAAAAACAAAUUAAUUAUGGGAAUAGCAAAUGCAAUGAAGAGAAAUGAGAUGAAAGUGAAAGUGUGGAAGAUGUAUUAAUUGUACAGCAUGUCUUUGUUCUUCCUUUCUCUUUUAGAACUUACCUCUGCAGUUGACUGCCCAUAGAAGCUAGUUGCCUAAGUUGACAGUCCAGACCUUACCUGGAGAGCUCAAAUAUUACCAUGUUUAUUUAUUUUGAAGUGUGUUAAAAAGACAUUAUGCCAUAGGAAGACUGAGCCAACCAGUAUAUUACUAUAUCUAUAUAUAUAUAUACGUAUGUAUGUUAGGAUGUGAAUGGAAGAAGUUAUUAGAUUUCUACAUUCGCCUUGAGACUUCUGCUGAAAGACAUUGUGAUCAUAAUAAUGUACAGUUUAGAGUUUUUCUUCUCUUUCUCAUUAAUUUAUUGUAUGUUUAAAAACUUUAUACCGGCUGUGGAAGAUCAUUUACUUGUGCACUGAUUCUGGCUGCCCAGCAGAGGGAGAGUUAGGUUAGGCAGCAGGUGGUUGGACUGCUGAAGGUGGAGGGGAAGAAACAAGCCAACCUAUAUUUUGAUAAUUAUUUUACAUCACUACUCCUUGAUUUUUAGAUACCAGGACCUUUGAUCAGUCAAUUUAUCCCUAAAUCAUUAAGUGCUAAGUUUAUUGACUGUGGGGUUAAGUGGAGGAAGAUGGAUCUUUAGAGACAGGAGUUGAUAUUUUUGUAUCCCUACCCAUUGAUUUGUCAAUAGCACUACCCUUUAUUAUUUGAUUCUAAACAGAAACAAAUCUUUGUAUUUGUUAUUAAACUGAAGUAAAUACAGACUAAAGGUUUAACAAAAAUGUAAAAAAUGUAGAAUAUGCUCAUUUAAAUUAAAUCAUUCCAUAAAAGGAUGGUCAAGUUUAGACCAAGAGGUAUUUGUUAUUUCAAAUUAAUCAACUGGGAAUGUCAAGACUUGGGCCAUAUUGAAGUUUUAUAAUUAUAUGAGUUUAUGGACUUGUGUUUUGUAUGAGGAGAGAGAAGCAGGGCAGCCAGGGUGUGGUGGAGCACUGCUCGUCUGGACACAGCAAGUAUCUUACAGUACAAUUUAGUUCUGCCAUAUUGCAUGACGGAUAGGAGUGAUUAUAUAAGUUUAAUCCCCCAUACAUAAAUUAAACUUAACUCAAAAUGAAUUAACCCUUCCAUGCCUCCACUUUUUGUUACAUAAUGUGUGUGGGAGGUAAGGGCAAUGUGAUGGUGUCCUUUCGGAAAAAAAUAGAUUUUGUUUUGCUAAAAAAAAGAUUGGUAAUUCUCAGAAGGAUACCAACAAGAGAUUUCUUUUAUUAGUGUUAAUUCAUUAAUUAUGUUCCGAGAUAAACUUUAAUGAACUAAAACUUCAUUACUUGCUCUUCCGAAAGAGACUAGUGAGCUCAAUAUUCAUUACUUUGUUCUGAUAAAUGUAAUCAUAAGUGUUCAAGUAAUAAGUUUGCUUGUAUUUACAAAUCCUAAAAUGUAAAUCACGAAACUCAAACAAGAUGAGCCAAAUAGCUUUUUUUUUUAUUAUUAUUAUUAUUAUUAUUAUUAUUAUUAUUAUUAUUAUUAUUUUUUUUUUUAAUACAGCGUGUAUACCUAAUAUGAAUAAGCUCAUUAUUGGAGUUUGUUUUCACGAACGUUUAAAAUACUUGUGGAGGAGGGUGAGUGCGGGAUGUGUGUGUGUGUGUGUGUGUGUGUGUGUGUGUGUGUGUGUGUGUGAUGACCGCGUUGUGAUGACUCGCCCCGCCCUCGUCACCGUCAUCCUCCCGGCCGCCGCCCGCUGCGAGCGUCGGCGAGGCCUCGAGGUGAGCUUCCCUUCCCGCGUAUCCGUUCAUCCUCGUAGUGAUCCAGAUGACACCGUGUGACGUGACCCGCCGAGGGACCAAUGUUUUCUGUGCCUGCUGGUGACAAGGAUGACCAUUGUCGUUAGUCACUUCACUUCUCUGAGAUGAAACACCAUUGACAUGAUCUGUGCAUCUGGGGUCGUCUUUUGUCCGUCAGUAUUUCAUUUGUGUGAAUUUAAUUUUUUUAUUUGAGAUUUGUAGUGGGCGUAUUUCUCAUUGCCUUAAAGAACGUAGCGUUUCCUCGUAAUACGUAGUUUGUACACUCAAAGUGCUGUUGAUCUCAACGCUUUCGACAAUGGCGGAUUCGGUGCUGUCUACUUUCUCUUUUUGGUCUCCCUCGGUUUAUCUUAGCUCUUAUGCGUCUUCUGAAAUAUUUAUGAUAUGUAGCUACAGAUGUCGUGAUACAUCACCAUAUUUAUGAUUUGUACAGAAGUGACUUUGCUGCACCUUAUUCGAGGGGUGAUACAGAUAUAUAGAUGAAUAUAUAUAUUAUAUGAGGUGACUUCCCUUUCGGUGAGAAUCUGCCCUUUUUUUCUAUGAAACUAGCAUGACUGGCGAACACCCGUCGCGAGCAGUAGUGUUUGUCUACCACGCUGACCUUUUUGUUUGUUAUAAUUGAGAAGGAUUGUGAUAAAUUAGUGCCAGGGGAAAGGAAUGUAGCCGAGUGAGGGAACUCAUUGUUUGGUCGGAUUCGCACCGUGAAGGGAGUUAGUUCACUGUAUGAUAGUUGUAUUUUUCCUUGUUAUUUAAAAGUGAAUGAUCCGAGUACUCAAGUUCUUUUGUACUGACGAGACUCCGGACUGUAGUUUAAGCUUUCUAUGUAAUAAAACUUUCAACAACACAA